GCGCGCCUUGGAUUGCUAUUUGUCAUUUAAUUUUGUGGAAAAUAGAUCGGAAAAUAUGCAGCACACACGUGAGAUACUAACAUUUCAGUUCGGCACAUAUGCUAACUAUGUGGGUGCACAUUUUUGGAACCAACAGGAGGCGAACUUUGUUUACGAUAAUGACAGCAAUGUGCCUGAGGAGCAGCUACCUCAUAAUGAUGUUCUUUAUAGAGAGGGUCUCAAUGAUCAGAAGCAAACGACAUAUACGCCUCGAUUGCUUUCUGUUGAUUUACUGGGCACAUUGCGGCAUUUGCCAAUUGUCGGCGAAUUGUAUGGCAACUUUUUGCAGCUGGCGAAUGAGCAGAACGCGGAUGAGGUGCAGAAAGCUAAAGAUUCAGCCGAACAGAAUCAGUUGUCCACGCCCGGCGGCUUGGAUGUGCGCAUGCAGCCACCUGUCGAGUUAUCCGAAUACCAACAGGAUUUGUUAAAGGGCGCUGUUAAUAUCGAGAGUAAAGAUUAUAAUUUGGCUCAAAACUGCAGUAGCUGGGCGGAUUAUCUGUAUGCACGUUAUCAUCCGCGCACAUUAAAUGUGCUUCAAGGCAUGCAACGUCAGACGGAUGUCCAGGUGUUGGGCACACAAGUGGCUGGCGUGGAGCUGUGGCAAUCGUCGUCCUUCAAUGAGGACUUCUGCGACCGUAUACGCUUGUAUGCAGAGGAAUGCGAUGGAUUGCAAGGUUUUCAGUUGCUAUUCGAUAUUGACGAUGGCUUCAGUGGAUUAGCCACUAAGUGCUUAGAGCAUUUGAAUGAUGAAUAUAGUCGAGCAAGCUAUGUACUGCCUUUGCAUUAUCCACGGAACAUUUCAUAUGCUCAAGCAGAUCCCCGCACGGCACACAGCAUUCGUGUGGUGAAUAGCGUUCUCAGUUAUUAUCAUCUUACCGAGCAGGCGACCAUGUUUACUCCACUUUCCACGCUGGAGACCAUUUGGCGCAAUACGACAUUGCAAUCGAGACGUAUGACUGGUCUCCACUGGCAGCCGGAUAAUCUGUAUCAGAGCUCAGCUGUUUUGGCUGCCUAUUUGGAUACGGUUACCCUCGGCUAUCGUUUGCGACAGACGCCGGAGACGCUAUUGCGCUUCUGUGAGCGCGUCUCACCAGCUGGUCGAAAAAUGACGGCGGCUGGUUUAUCGCUGCCUUUAGGCAUGGAACAGGAGCAGGAUCUGAUUGAUUUCUUGGAUGGCGCCGAUAAUGGUUCGUUGUUGUCACAGCUAACGCCUGGCUGUGAGCCGGGCAAUUCGCAUGUUGUACAAUCGGUUGUGGCACGUGGAAUACCCUACUCGAGGCUCAAGCGUCCCGUGGACCAGGCCGGUCCACAGCUACGAAUGUCGGCCUACAAAUGCGAAAGCGUCUCCCAGAUGCUUCAAUUAUACUAUCAGUGUGCCUAUCAUGGCAGUGUGACGCAUGCCGCCUCCACACCGCUGCCACUGAACACCAAGUUACCUUUUCCCUAUGAACUUUUUGACACACGGAUUGCAGCUGAUGGCUUUAAGCUACAAAGCGAGGCGGAGCGAGAGCAGGACAAACGUGUGGGCUGUGCUCCAGCCUUAGCUGCUGUACAGAAUUCCAGCAAGCUGGGCACACAUUUGGAUACGCUGCAUGGGCAAACGCAUCGCGUCCAGCUGGCCAAGCUGCAGAGCUACACACAGUCCGGUUUCGAGCAAGAUGAGUACGAUACGGCACUCGACAAGCUGCUUGAGUUUAGGGACAACUACGAAGAUUCUCAGUAUCUUUAAGUCUGUGAUAAACAUUCAAGCACAUGCACACACACAUAUAUAAGCACACGAAUAAUAAUUAAUAAUAAAUACACACAAUUAUUUAAACUUGUAUUUCAGAGUGAGAUAAAAUCCUAAUAUUAAC